AUGGCAACCCAGACCGAGAUUGCUUUGGAGAAGUCGGCUGCCAACCACGUGGAGGAUACCCUGGGUAUCGGUGCGGUCAUCGAGGCAAAGCAGGCCACCGAUGAUGAGCAUGCGCAAACCCUCUUCCAGGCCCUGCGAGAGAACCGCAAGGCCGUGGCAUGGUCUGUCGUGAUCUCCAUGUCAAUUAUCAUGGAGGGAUACGAUACCAUUCUCAUGGGCAACUUCUUCGCCUAUCCUACCUUCCGGGAGAAGUACGGCCAGUAUGUUGACGAGAAGAAUGGAUACCAGGUGUCGGCUCCUUGGCAGACUGGAUUGAACAUGGCUAGUACGGUCGGUUGCAUCUUUGGUGGCCUCCUCAACGGCUACUUUGCCAGCAAGUUUGGUUAUCGCAUGGUCAUGAUCAUCGCUCUGGGAUUCCUGACCGCGUUCAUCUUCGUCGUCUUUUUCGCUAACUCUGCCGCCGUCUUGCUCGUUGGUCAGAUUCUCUGUGGUCUGUCCUGGGGCGUGUUUGCGACGAUUGGACCUGCCUAUGCCUCGGAGGUUUGCCCAACCAACCUCCGUGGUUACCUUACCAUCUUUGUCAACAUGUGCUGGGCCAUCGGCCAGUUGAUCGCAUCUGGUGUACUCUAUGGACUGGUGGAUCGGACCGAUCAAUGGUCGUACCGCAUCCCAUUCGCUUUGCAGUGGAUCUGGCCCGUCCCUUUGAUGGCCGUGUGCUGGCUGGCGCCCGAGAGCCCCUGGUACCUGGUGCGUAACGAUCGUCUGGAGGACGCUAAGCACAGCAUCCGUCGUCUGGGAGGGAACAAGACUGAGGAACAAGUCAACGGCCAGUUGGCCAUGAUGGUCCACACGACCAAACUCGAGGCCGAGAUUGAGGCUGGCACCACGUACUGGGACUGCUUCAAGGGUGUUGACUUGCGCCGCACGGAAAUCUGCUGUGUGGCCUUCUUCGGUCAGAUUCUGUCUGGCAGCACGUUCGCCUAUUCCCCCACGUAUUUCUUCGAACAGGCUGGCAUGGAUGAUGGUCGCGCAUUCCAGCUGGGAGUCGGCUGUACUGGCGUAGCCUUUGUGGGAACUGCUCUGUCCUGGUGGCUGAUCACCUACCUUGGUCGCCGAACUUUGUACGUUUGGGGCCAGGGUAUCCUCUGCACUCUGCUGUUCCUCAUCGCGAUCAUCAACUCGGCCUCGCAUAGCACGGGGGGCAUGUGGGCACAAGCCGCAUUCUGCUUCCUCUGGCUGUUCGUCUACUCGUUGACCGUUGGCCCCAUCGCAUACGCCAUCGUGUCGGAAAUUUCCUCCGUACGACUGCGACCCUUGACCGUUUGCCUAGCGCGAACAGCGUAUCAGGUCGUGAACGUCAUUUCGCAGGUUCUGGAGCCUUAUUUCAUGAACCCGACUGCCUGGAACGCGUCUGGCAAGACCGGUUUCUUCUGGGGUGGCACGGCCUUGAUCGCCUUCACUUGGGCCUUCUUCCGCCUGCCUGAGCCCAAGGGGCGUACCUAUGCCGAGUUGGACAUUCUCUUUGCGACCAAGGUUCCGGCGCGCAAGUUCUCUUCCACGCCCGUGGACGCGUAUGCCGUUGGUGUGUCGCCCUCACAAGAGGGUCUUGUGCGGAAUGAGACGACCCAGGAGGUGAAGGAGUGA